GGCUCGCGGGCGGCUAUGGGGCGCCUUCCGUCGGGAGAGGCGCGCGGAGGAGCUCCGCCGAGGUGGCUCAGCGGCGCCCUCGGGGCCUUCCUUUUCCUCGCCCUCGCGGCGGCGGGGGAGAAGGAGCACCGGGUCCGUCAGGCCUGCGACACCUGCCGCGGAAUCACGGAGCGCUUCAGCCAGGGUCUAACUGACACUGCAAAAAAGAACUUUGGAGGUGGCAAUACAGCUUGGGAAGAAAAGACCCUGUCAAAGUAUGAGUCCAGUGAAAUUCGUCUUGUGGAAAUAAUAGAGAACCUCUGUGACAGUAGUAACUUUGAAUGCAACAACAUGGUAGAAGAGCAUGAAGAACAUAUAGAAACCUGGUGGUUCAAAUGGAAGAAGAAAUCCCCUGAUUUGUUUAAGUGGCUUUGUAUAGAAACAAUAGAAGUUUGCUGUCCUGCUGGAACACAUGGUCCAGACUGUGUUGCUUGCCGCGGGGGAUCAGAAAGACCUUGCCACGGAAAUGGCAACUGUGCUGGAGACGGCACCCGAGGGGGCGAUGGAUCCUGCCGCUGUAAAAGGGAAUACCAAGGAGAAUUUUGUUUGGACUGCUCUGACGGCUACUACAACUCUCACCGAAACGACACACAUUCUGUUUGUACAGCUUGUCAUGAUUCGUGUAAAACGUGCAGUGGGGCAACAAACACAGACUGUAAGGAAUGUAAAGAAGGUUGGACCAGAAAUGAAGACGCCUGUGUGGAUGUGGAUGAAUGUGCCGUAGAAGAGUCUCCGUGCAGCACGGACCAAUUCUGCUUAAACACAGAGGGCUCUUUCUCCUGCAAAGCAUGCGAUCGGAGCUGCUUGGGAUGCACAGGAGAAGGGACCAGCAAAUGUAAAAACUGCGUACCUGGCUAUGAAAUGAAAGAUGAAAAUUGCACAGAUGUAGAUGAAUGUACCUCGUCUGAAAAGGUGUGUGUAAGAGAAAACGAAGACUGCGUUAAUACUGCAGGGGGUUACAAAUGUGUCUGUUCCGAGGGUUUUCAAGAUGAAGAUGGCUCUUGCGUUGCAACGGUAAAAGGAGAUGCAUUACUUUUGACAGAAGAGGAGACCCCCGCAAAUGUAUCUUCGUCAGAUGCCCAUGAGGAGUUAUGAUCUACAUUCCGAGACGACAGACAUUGGUAUCAAACCUUUAAGUUAUUGGACCGAACAGCUGCUACCUGAGAUGUAAAUGGUAUUAAAUAACCUCAGGUCACCAGUACGAUUUUCUCUGGAACUUCAUGAUGGAUUUGCCCUUUCAACUGCAUUUCUUUGUGAAACAUAAACAACUGUCACUUUUUAUACUGCUAUUGAACUACCUUAGU